AUGGAAGGUAUGCGUAAUGCACGUGAGGAUCUAUCAUCAAACAAACUCUUCUCGCUUCGGCCACUUCUGUUCAAGAGCUUUACAGAAACCGCAGAGAUUAGGCUUCAGAACAACCCACUUGUUGCCGACUAUAGACUCUGCGAAGCACUGUUCAACCCGCAAAAGGCAUACGUUAUUUCCUUCAGCCAAGCCGAGACUUUCCUGCAGGGCCAAUCGCUGAACACCGUGUGUGGCAAAAAGUGCCAGGAUUUCCGCCCAGACUACAUGAAGAUCUGUCCCAAUGCGUUCUGCAAGGGAAUUGUUGCCGCACACAGCUGUUUCGCAAUUCCACGUGAUCAUCCGUUCACGGAAUUCUGCCCGCAAAUUGGAACCAUUGUAGCCAUGUUCAACAACACAGAAGCCACAUUCCAAACAGCCCAAAUAGCCUGCUCAAAAGCCAACCAGAAAGAAAUUGGUCGCUUACCGGGUGCAGCAGAAUUUGCAGAUGGCUGCGUCCAGCGGCUCUUGAAGAAGGUCCGCCGAUACUUCAAUCUCGACUACACUCCCGUUGUAUGGCUGGGACAACGGGAUUCAGAAGCAACUGCCUAUGCCAGCAACAGCAACUCGUAUUCGACAACCACCAAGAAGCUCUACUACAUGUGCAAUUUCUAAGCUUGAGUAGCCUAGCUAAACGUGGUUACCCAUAUUUUGUUGCUUGAAGAGUAUUUUCUGAUAUUUGGAAAAGAAGAUUUGUUUGUAGGGGAUCGUUUUUGCUACUUACAGCCCAUUCAUUGGAAACUGGCACCAUAACUUUUUGGUGUCUCUCUCACAUAGUUGUAGAUAUCGUGAAAACAACAGUACAUCCUGCAUUGUGUGACCCGUGUGUAGUGUUCACGUGUUCCUACGCGCUGUGGCAUUCCUUGGCC